ACCUAUGGAGAUAUAAACAGAUCAUUUGAGAAUAACACAUUUAAACAUUAGAUGUACUUUUGUGAUGUACGAUGUCAUAUGAAUGUAAUACAAUGUUAUAGGAAAUGUACAAACGUACUUCUCUUCUCUUACUUUGAAAGAGGGCCAAACAGAACUGUUUAACCUGAACUGCAGGGUGAUAGACUUCAUCCACAGUUUGAAGGAGAGAUGUUGUCUGGAUUCUCAAGACUGUGUGGAUCUGAUGGACAGGACAGGGGAGCUGGUGAACCUGAGUGAAAAGGAGAAGAGCAUGGAGCAGGCCAGCAGUCUGAUGAAGGAGAGGCACAGCUAUGUUCUCAUACGCAUCUGCAGUGAUGGGACUGAAGAGCAGAAGUAUGUGCCACUCCUAAAUGACCUUGGCAAGAGCCAUCCCGAGUUAGCAGAGGUCCUAAAGAAGCUGUCCAACCCCUGUAAGGAGGGGGUGAAGGGUGGUCCCUCAAGGAAAGGCUCUGUCAACCAGAUCCGGCGCAAGCCCACUGCUGGAAACAAGAAGAGCCAUCCUAGAAGACUUAAAGAUAUGAAGAAAGGAGAGGAAGAAGGCUGAAAAAGAUGGUGAUGGACAUACAUGUGUAGAAAGCUGUGGACCACAUACAUGUAAUUGUGUUGGUGCUGUGGUUCUCUUCACUUUAAUUAUGUUUUACUUACGUAAAUUUAGGUUGAUAAAUUAACAUUCCCACAUAUCCCUGGGAAAAUUAAGAAUGGUAUUUGCAUGUAGCUUGUCUCCUGUAUGUACUAGAAGCUGGUAUUGGCCCAGAAAUGUUUUUUUUACUAAUCUAGGAUUAUUUGGCUGAGUUAACACAGACAGCCCAAUUAUAGGUAAAAGAGAAUUGGACUGCCUGUGUAAACUGCAGCCUAAUGUGAGAAUUAGACUAUAUGGACCAUUGAACUUAUUAAAGGCAUAUAAAUGUA